CACAUGUCUUUAAAAUAUGCGUUUAUUUUCACAAUGAUCUUACAUUUAAGUCGAUACAGCAGCGCAGUGGGUUAUAGUGGGGUCGUGUGGAGACUUUAGAGACCAGGUUAUGUUUUAUGUCUUUCUGUGAGAAGUCUGGAUGAAGCUAGCCACAGUGUUAGCAGAUGUCCCCGGCGUUAAACCCACAGAUAAAUCAGUGCUCGCCAUGGGACUAACCAGCCUGGACAAGAUCAUUGCCCUGCAGAGGAACCCUGCCAACACCAGAAACCUGUGCAUCCUGGCACAUGUUGAUCAUGGCAAAACUACUCUGGCUGACUGCCUGGUGGCAAGUAACGGCAUCAUAUCAAGUCGACUAGCUGGGAAGCUGAGGUAUCUGGACAGCAGGGAGGAUGAACAGAUCAGAGGAAUCACCAUGAAGUCCAGUGCCAUCUCUCUGCAUUACAGCAAUGGUAAGGCCACUGUGGUCAGCCCUGAAGUAAAAUACACACAUUCUUACAUCGACAACUACAAUGGCACCGUCACACAGCCUGACAGCGGUGGAAACUUCAGAAGAGAAGUCGACGUGACCAGGAGAGUCGAUGAGAUUCACCAGAGGCCUUUUCCAGUGAGCCAACAGUGCCACAAUAUCAACAACCUGCCCACUGUUGAGCUGAAUGAACCUUCAUCAGGGUUCCAACCUGCUAACACCUGUGCUGUGAACGCAGUGACAGGGAGCCUGUUCACAUCCAAAGUGCUGGAGGAGCGAGCAGAGAAAGAGAAGGAGGAGGAGGAGAAAGAAAGCGAGACGUCGAGCGGAGACCAGGUUUACGACUGGAGCACUGGGCUGGAGGAGGCAGACGACUCCCAGCUCUACUUUUCUCCUGACCAGGGAAAUGUGGUCUUUGCCAGCGCCAUAGAUGGAUGGGGUUUCAGCAUCCAGCAGUUUGCUCAAAUCUACAGCCAGAGAAUGGGUGUUAGGGCAGAGGUGCUACUCAAAACCCUGUGGGGAGACUUCUACCUCAAUGCAAAAGCAAAGAAGAUCAUGAAAGGAGCUCAGGCCGUUGACUCAGGAUGAGAUUGCUCAGCGCAGGGAGCUGGCUAGACAGAGACAUGCUGACAGGAUGACAGCUGAUCAGACAGCAGCAGAGAGCCAAAAAGACCUCACUCACUCAGGGAAUACGCCACAAGAAGGCCAACCUGCAGGACUCAGCACAGAUAAGAUGGAGAGUCUGACAUUGAAAGACCCAAAGCCAGAAGAGGAAGAGGAGCAGAAGGAGACCUUCAUAGCGUUUGCACGAGUCUACAGUGGGCUGGUCAAGAAAGGACAGAGAGUAUUUGUACUGGGACCAAAGUAUGACCCUGCCCAGGGCCUGAGCAUGCUGCCAGAGGGUUGCAGUGCUUCAGACUGUGUGCCUGAGGUGCCUUAUCUGUCCUGUUGUUCCAUGGAAAGCCUCUACCUGCUAAUGGGCAGAGAGCUAGAGGAGCUGGAGCAGGUGCCUGCGGGAAAUGUCCUGGGUAUCGGAGGUCUGGAGGACUGCGUCUUGAAGUCGGCCACCCUGUCAACCUCCCCCGCCUGCCCGCCUUUCACCCCACUCAACUUUGAGGCCACGCCCAUUGUACGGGUUGCCAUAGAACCCAAACAUCCAAGUGAGAUGCCAAAGCUGGUGCGUGGGAUGCGUCUGCUGAACCAGGCAGAUCCCUGUGCUGAGGUUCUGAUCCAGGAAACAGGAGAACAUGUUCUGGUCACUGCUGGUGAAGUUCAUCUCCAACGCUGCCUGGACGACCUUAGAGACCGGUUUGCUAAAAUUGAGAUCAGCGCAUCCAAGCCCAUUAUUCCAUUCAGAGAAACAGUGGUUCGUCCUCCAAAAGUGGACAUGGUGAAUGAAGACCUGGGCAAGCAACAGAAAGUAGCCAUCAUUCACCAGGUGAAAGAAGAGGUCACUCAGGGCCGUUCGUCUGACACCCUGCAUGUGGAUCCUAGUGGUCUUGUCACCGUCACCAUUCCCAACAGAAUGGCCACUGUGAGCGUCCGAGCAAUUCCCCUACCAGAGGAGGUGACUCACUUGUUGGAGAGAAGCACAGAGCUGAUUCAGACUCUGGAGCAGGUGAACGUGUCCCUGAGGGAGGGGAAGACUGUGGAUGUCAGCCUCAGGACCCUGGAGGCCAUUGCUGGACUCAAGGCCCAGCUGGAGAACCUGCUGCAGGGGAGGAAGUGGAGGAACGCUGUGGAGCGUAUCUGGGCCUUUGGGCCUCGCAGGUAUGGUCCCAACUUUUUGCUGAACAGCGUGGAGGGCUACCAGCGGCUCUCAGUGUGGCACUGUCUGGGCAGGGGAGACAGAGCUGGCCAGGCUGGAGCUGCUGUUAUACGAGACUUUGAUAACAGCAUCGUCAGCGGCUUCCAGCUAGCAACUCUGUCGGGACCCAUGUGUGAGGAGCCCCUGAUGGGAGUUUGCUUUUCUGUGGAGAGGUGGGACGUCCAGCCUUCAGCCAUGCCACAGCACCAAGACUCCUUAGAGGAGAACACUAUAUCACAUGAGGCUUUAGCCGACAGCAGAGUGGAAGGAAGUACUAAGAUACCUUCAGAGGUGGAGGGCACUGUGGCAGGGCAGAGCCAGGCCAGGCGCAGGCCAGAGGCUGCCUCUGCAGACUGCUACAGGCCAGUUUCCGGCCAGCUCAUCGCUGCCAUGAAGGAGGCCUGCCGCCACGCCUUCCAGGCUCAGCCCCAGAGGCUCAUGGCUGCCAUGUACACAUGCGAGAUCAUGGCCACCGCUGAGGUGCUGGGCCGAGUAUACGGCGUACUGGGGAAGCGAGAGGGUCGUGUCCUCCAUGAAGAAAUGAAGGAAGGUACAGACAUGUUCAUUAUCAAGGCUGUUCUGCCCGUGGCCGAGAGCUUCGGAUUUGCUGACGAGAUCCGCAAGAGGACCAGCGGAUUGGCCAGUCCACAGCUGGUCUUCAGCCACUGGGAGGUGAUUAUUUUAUAUCUUUUAUAUGCAUAUACAAAUAAAACACUUAGUUUGUAG